AUAAUCGCCGGACCGCAAAAUUGUAUUAUUUAUUAUUCGUUCAGUUUGUAAAACACAAUUAUUCGGCGGCCGAAUGUCAUCUGUUUACUUCUUUUUUGGUAUCAGACCGAAUCGGUCGGUCUUGUAAAUUCACAUAUUUAAAACUUAAAAAAAAAAUCGCUAUCAUACUUUCCUGAUUUCUUUUACAAGCAGUUGUGUCGCAGCGUUGAUAUUGUUCGGUCUCAUUUAUACGUAUUCGAGAAUUUUUAAUUCUCUGUGAUUUUUUUAUUCCACUUCCAAGUUUAAUCAAAUCCGUUCCAAUGGGCGCCCAAGCCCCGCCCGUAACCAUAGACCAGACAAAAUGUUCGCCGUGAUGCAAAUCGACGAGGAUCACACAAGGGAUUUCAGGCGUAAGCUGCGGCCAAAGUGCGAGUUUGUCUGCAAGUAUUGCCAACGUCGGUUCACCAAGUCUUAUAACCUGAUGAUUCAUGAACGCACGCACAAAAGCCCCGAGCUGUCAUUCAGCUGCGAGGUGUGCGGCAAAAGUUUCAAACGACAGGAUAACUUGCGUCAGCACAGAUGUAGUCAAUGCUUGUGGCGGUGAAGGUGAUGAAGCACGAUCCAACAACAGCGGUCUCUCUUAUGCAAUAGAAGAUGUACACUAUGCUCCCAAGACAAAUUUACGCUGGUGAUUAUAAAGACCUGUCAUCAAAACAUACGGGAUUCCCAACAGUAUUCAAGCUUCUAUUGUUAACACCAGAAUGGGAUGUUGCAAUUAAUCCUUACAUGUGAUGCUAGCACAGUAUCAAAUAUAUAUUUUUUAUUAUUUCCAUACAUUGAAAUACACAAAAAUAUAUUUUUUGUAGUGUCAUCACUGAUAUCACACGGGCUUUUUGUAAUCUUAUAAUCAUUAUUUACAAGAAAAAAUUUAAUAACAGUUUUAUAGUUUAAUGGUAACAGCAUUCUGGUGAACUGUACAUAGUAUUUAUUAGAAUAAGUUAGCAUUUUCACGGCUUACUGCUUAAUAAUUUUUAUGUAAUAUAAUAUUUAUAUCAUGUUUAAAAUAUUGUUACUAAUAUAAUCUUUUACGUAGAACGUACUUUAUGAACUGUUUGGUUUCUUGAUAUUUUUUUUUUUUAUAAAAAAAAAUACAAAAAGUCAAAAAGCGCUGGUAAUAUAAAUUUAUUAUUAAAGCUUUUCCAUAACAUUCCCUACAUGUUUCCUGUACAUUUUAAGGGUUGUUCCUAAUGCUUAGUAUAUGGGUGUGUUAUAUUACUUGGCUUGGCCUUUCAAAUCAAUAUAUUUGUCAAUGGUGGAAACCUAAAUAUAUUUGAACUGUUCAAAUAACAACGGUACCACUAUUGAUAAAUACAAUUAUGAAGCCUAAAUACAGUAAUAGUUGUAAGAUUAUUAAUAAUAUUUUUUAUUAAAUUAACACAUAUGAUUUCUAUUCUUUCAUAUAUUUAAUCGUUAAACUGCCAAUACUUCGCAUCGCGAAAUAUUGGUGACGUUUGAGGAAUGUGUCGUGACAAAAUAUAUAAAUAUAUUUUAUAUAUCAAAUGUAUUGACAUGCCUUUAUAUUGCUUUAAAUAUUGUAUCGACAAGGGGUGAAAAUAUAUUCCAUGUGCCAAUAUGUGACAAUUGUCACUUAGCCAUAUUAUAUAGACUUAGUUAUGUAUGUAUCCGAUUACAUUGUAGAAAGUAAUAAAAAAUAAAUAUUGUAUAAUGAA